AUGAGCGCACCUCUUUCAGCAUACCCUUCCGACUCUGGGAUAAGCGUCGGUAACGACGCUGAUGUCACGACAUUCCUAGCAUCACCUUCUCGCGAGCCUACGGAUCUUCCUCUGCCGGAACACUCUGACUCUCUCUUGCAGUCGUUCACCGACACUGUGCCUCCGAAUCAUCCAUACCGCACGUUGGUGCUCUGCUUUGACGGCACUGGUGACCAGUUCGAUGCCGACAACUCAAACAUUGUUGAAUUCUUCAGCAUGCUAAAGAAAGACGAUCCCAACAAACAACUCGUCUACUACCAGGCUGGAAUUGGUACCUACACUGUUCCUCAGAUUGUAAGCCCUAUGAUGUCUAAAUUCAGUCAGACCCUCGAUAUGGCUAUCGCGUGGAAUCUUGAUGCACACAUCAUGGGCGGAUACGAAUUCUUGAUGCAAAAUUAUCGUGCUAACGACCGGAUAUGCAUUUUUGGCUUCUCUCGAGGUGCCUACACCGCCCGCUGCUUAGCUGGUAUGAUCCACAAAGUGGGGCUGCUGCCUACGUGCAACCAUCAACAAGUUCCUUUCGCUUACAAAAUGUACACCAAAGCGGACGAUGAAGGGUGGAAGCAGUCGAAUGCUUUCAAGAAGACGUUCUCUAUUGACGUCGAUAUUGAGUUCUUGGGUGUUUGGGAUACCGUCAGCUCCGUUGGUCUGAUUCCACGUCGCCUCCCAUUCACUACGUCAAACACUGUGGUCCGCACCUUCCGACAUGCUAUUGCCUUGGAUGAACGCCGCGCAAAGUUCAAGGCCAAUCAUUGGAACAAGCCCAACCCCACGGAGCAGCUUCUCAGUGUUACCGAUCAAGCUAUUGAGAAGGAGUCCAAGAAGAAGAAAAAGAAAGAACACUCGAAUGGGCAUAAGAACGGCCACAACAGCUAUAAGGCUAUGGAAAGGAAGUACAGCAAAGACAAGACUGCGGAAACUAACGUUGAAGAAGUUUGGUUUGCAGGUUGUCAUUGUGACAUCGGUGGCGGAUCAGUCGCAAAUGCUGUAAAGCCUUGUCUCGCCCGUAUCCCCCUUCGCUGGAUGAUCCGCGAGUGCUUCAGGAACCACAGUGGUAUCAUGUUCCACGUCGACGGCCUCAAAAAGGUCGGCCUGGACCCUGCGAGCUUGUACCCCAUCGUCCUUCCCCGCCCUCCGGCGUUGACCCUUGACCAUUCCUCACCUUUGACAUCGCAAAUACAGACGAUCCCCAAGAAGGCCCCUGCCCCUCCCAGCGACGAUGACGAAGAGACUUCUGCCCUCCUCAGUCCUUCUGAGGAGCUAUUGGAAUCGGAGGAGCUUGCGGAUCUCAAAGAUUCACUGGCUCCAAUCUAUGACCAGCUCAGUCUUGCGUGGUUCUGGUGGCUCUUGGAACUCAUCCCUUUGAGGUUCCGUUAUCAGGACUCAGACAACGACACUUUGUGGAUCUCCAAGCUCAAAAUUAACUUUGGUCGUGGUAGACAUGUUCCUAAGCAGAGACGCCAUGGCGUGAAGGUACACAGAAGUGUGAAGACCCGCCUCGAGGCCGAGCACGCUGAUAAGACGAAAUACAAACCCAAGGCCAACCUCAAGUUGGAAUGUGUUACCUGGGUUGAUUAG